UUUCGAUUUACCUCAAGAAAAAGGACAGCACAGUGGGCAUUUCAGAAACCGAAAGAAAAAAAGAGAAAUUUAAACACUGUAAUAAAUACGGAUUUAUUUAAUAUUAUAAUUAUUAUUUUUUUGUAUUUGACAAUCCAAUUCCUCUUUCUUAGGGCGGGAAGCUGAAAAAUUCUCAAUGUUCAUGUAUGUUAGGGUUUGUAAAUCCAGUAAAAGCUCAUCAAUUUCAAAUUUUUUGUUCAUGUCUACCAAUCCCGACUUUUGAAAAUCCUGGAGAAAGUGAGAAAAACGAGUAAAAAUUUACUGAAAAAAUGGCCCUUCGGAAGGGUUCGAGGGUAUGGUUGGAAGACAAGGAUUCAGCUUGGGUUGAAGCUGAGGUUUUUGGGUUUAUCGGCAAACAAGUUCAAGUUCUGACUUUAUCCGGAAAGAAGGUGUUGACGGUGCCGGAAAAAUUGCAGCCACGCGAUGGGGAGUCCGACCUUGGGGGAGUGGAUGAUAUGACCAAAUUGACUUACUUGAAUGAGCCUGGUGUGCUUGAUAAUCUUCGGAGACGAUAUGGCCUUAAUGAAAUAUAUACAUACACGGGAAGUAUCUUGAUUGCAGUUAACCCAUUUACCAAGCUUCCCCAUCUAUAUAAUAUGCACAUGAUGGAGCAGUAUAAGGGGGCUCCAUUUGGUGAACUGAGCCCCCAUGUCUUUGCCGUGGCUGAUGCAUCUUACAGAGCAAUGAUGAGUGAAGGGCGCAGUCAAUCCAUUCUGGUCAGUGGUGAAAGUGGAGCUGGAAAAACCGAGACUACAAAGUUGAUUAUGCAAUAUCUUACGUAUGUGGGUGGCCGUGCUGCUGAAGACGACAGAUCAGUUGAACAGCAAGUUUUGGAGUCAAACCCACUUCUGGAGGCAUUUGGCAAUGCCAGAACCGUUAGGAAUGAUAACUCAAGUCGAUUUGGGAAGUUUGUCGAGAUCCAAUUUGAUGCAAAUGGUAGAAUUUCUGGAGCGGCAAUCAGAACAUACCUUCUUGAACGAUCUCGUGUUGUUCAGAUAACAGAUCCUGAGAGAAACUACCACUGUUUCUACCAGUUGUGUGCUUCUGGCAUGGAUGCGGAGACUUACAAGCUAGGUCAUCCUAGAAACUUCCAUUAUUUGAAUCAGAGUAAGACUUAUGAACUAGAUGGAGUAAGCAAUGGUGAAGAGUACGUUAAAACAAGAAGGGCGAUGGAUAUUGUUGGGAUUAGUGAUGAUGAACAGGAAGCGAUAUUUCGAACCUUGGCUGGUAUUUUACAUCUUGGAAAUGUAGAGUUUUCUCCAGGAAAAGAGCAUGAUUCAUCAGUUAUCAAGGAUCAGAAAUCUAAUUUUCAUUUGCAGAUGGCCGCCGAUCUCUUUCGGUGUGAUGUUAGUCUUUUGCUGGCCACACUAACGACCCGUUCAAUUCAAACUCAUGAGGGGAUAAUUGUCAAAGCUCUUGAUUGUGGUGCUGCUGUAGCUGGACGGGAUACUUUGGCUAAAACUGUUUAUGCUCGGCUGUUUGACUGGCUAGUUGAGAAGAUUAACAGAUCAGUUGGACAAGAUCGCGAUUCUAAGAUACAAAUUGGAGUCCUUGACAUAUACGGAUUUGAAUGCUUUAAGUUGAAUAGUUUUGAGCAAUUCUGCAUCAAUUUCGCAAACGAGAAGCUUCAACAGCAUUUUAAUGAGCAUGUGUUUAAGAUGGAGCAGGAGGAAUAUCAAAGAGAAGAAAUCAAUUGGAGCUACAUUGAGUUUAUUGACAACCAAGAUGUUUUGGAUCUGAUAGAGAAGGGAUCAAAACUGGACAUUUUUCAUAUCAGAAGCAAUAUAAUUUUAGUUUGCAAUGAUAUAAAGAGACCCAUAGGUAUAAUUGCUCUUCUGGAUGAAGCUUGCAUGUUUCCCAAAUCAACUCAUGAAACAUUUUCAAACAAGCUAUUCCGAAAUUUCCACUCCCACCGGCGAUUAGAGAAAGCCAAAUUUUCUGAAACAGAUUUUAUUAUUUCUCACUAUGCUGGCAAGGUGAGCUAUCAGACAGAGACAUUCUUAGACAAAAACCGUGAUUAUGUUGUGGUUGAACAUUGCAAUUUAUUAGCUUCUUCCACAUGCCAUUUCAUAUCUGGCCUCUUUCCUCCUUUACCUGAAGAAUCAGCUCGGUCAUCCUACAAGUUCUCAUCAGUGGCCUCUCGGUUUAAGGUACUAAAGUUUCUCUACCUCAGCAACCUUUUCCUUUUGACAUUCUCUGGAACUCAAUCUGCCAUGAAUAUCAAUCAGAAUGUUAUUGAUUUCGGAAAUGGCAUGGUGAUUGUAGCUAGUCUGUCGUGUGUUUUCUCUAUUUUCAUGUGUUGUUCAUUUUGCAAUGGUCUGAAUUGCAAUUUUUCACUGCAACAACUUCAAGCUCUCAUGGAAACCCUCAGCUCAACAGAGCCUCACUAUGUUCGAUGUGUGAAGCCAAACUCAUUAAAUAAGCCUCACAGCUUAAUUAGUAAAUCAAUGGCUGUGCCUUCUGUUUUUGGAAAGUUUCUGUGGGGUGAGCUUCAGGAAAAGGAACAUGGUGUCUUAGAAGCGGUUCGUAUAAGUUUGGCAGGCUAUCCCACAAGGAAGACUUACCAUGAGUUUGUCGAUCGUUUUGGGAUAAUAGCCUUGGAUGUUUUAGAUACAAGUUAUGACGACAAAACUAUGACUGAGAUAAUACUGCAGAGAUUAAACUUAGAGAACUUUCAGCUAGGAAAGAAUAAAGUCUUCCUAAGGGCAGGUCAGAUUGCUAUAUUAGAUUCCCGUCGAGCUGAGGUUUUGGAUUCUGCAGCCAAGCGAAUUCAGGGUCGUUUGCGGACAUUUGUUGCCCGCAAGGACUUCGUUACAAGACGCUUUGCUACAUUGUCUCUACAAGCAUGUUGUAGAGGAUAUCUAGCAAGAAAUAAAUUUGCUGCCAUGCGUGAGACAGCUGCUGUCGUUGUAAUGCAGACUUAUUUCCGGCGUUGGUUCAUCUUGCGUGCAUAUAAGCAACUUCAUUUGGCUGCGGUUCUUAUUCAAUCUUGUAUCCAUGGUUUCUCAACUCGCCGGAUGUUUUCAUGUAGAAAAGAAGAAAAAGCUGCCACUGUUAUCCAGGCUCGUUGGAGGAUGUUCAAAGUCCGCUCUUUGUAUCGUAAUCGUCAAAAUAAUAUUAUUGCUAUACAAUGUCUGUGGAGGCAAAAGUUGGCGAAAAGAGAACUUCGGAAGCUUAAGAAGGAGGCUAAUGAGGCUGGUGCAUUGCGUUUAGCAAAGACCAAGCUUGAAAAGCAACUGGAGGAUCUUACUUGGCGACUACAUCUGGAGAAAAAAAUACGGGUGUCCAAUGAGGAGGCUAAAUUAGUUGAAAUCUCAAAACUUCAGAAAACGGUGGAGUCUCUAACAUUGGAACUGGAGGCAGCCAGACUUGCCACCCUUAACGAGUUCAAUAAGAACAGAGGGCUAGAAAGACAACUUGAAAUAUCAGCCAAGGAAAAAUCUGGUUUAGAAAGAGAUGUUAUUUCUUUGGCUGAACUGAGAAAUGAAAACACACUGUUAAAGAGUUCCCUUAAUGCUUUGGAAGAAAAAAAUAAGAUGCUGGAGUCUGAACUUGCCCAAACUAAAGAAGAUGCAAGCAAUACCAUGACUAAGUUGAGGGAUGUUGAAAAGACUUGUUUGCAGUACCAAUUGAAUUUGCGAAGUUUGGAAGAGAAGCUGUCAAAUCUAGAGAAGGAGAAUCAUAUCUUGCGACAGAAGACAUUGGAUUUAACUCCAAGGACCAGUCGAGCUGGGUUUGUCAAACCUUUCCUUGAGAAAUUUUCUGGUCCACUUGCUCUUUCUUCUGCUGAUCAGAAAUCUUAUGAAUCACCUACUCCAUCCAAAUUAAUUACACCAAUAUCACAAGGGUUUUCCGAUUCCCGCAGAACAAAGUCGGGGGUCGAUAGGCAUCAGGGUAAUUUUGAAGUCAUUUCACGUUGCAUUAAAGAGAAUUUGGGCUUCAAAGAUGCAAAGCCAGUGGCUGCUUGUGUUAUCUACAAAUGCCUCGUUCAUUGGCAUGCCUUUGAAUCGGAAAGGACUGCUAUAUUUGACUUUGUUAUUGAGAGCAUCAAUGGUGUUCUAAAGGAUGGUGAUGAGGAUGCUACUUUGCCUUAUUGGUUGUCUAACACGUCUGCGCUUUUGUGCCUUCUCCAAAGAAAUCUGCGGAGCAAUGGGUUCUUGACCGCUGGUUCUCAGCGUUCAGUGGCGUCCACAGGGAUUAACGGGAAACUUGUGCAAGGCCCGAAGUCGUCUUUCAAAUAUCGUGGUUUGGAUGAUGGUUUAUCUCAAAGUGAAGCUAAAUACCCGGCCCUGUUAUUCAAGCAGCAGUUGACUGCUAGUGUAGAGAAAAUAUUUGGUUGGAUCAGAGAUAAUUUAAAGAAAGAAAUAUCUCCAUUGUUGGGACAAUGCAUUCAGGCACCGAAAAACCAGAGAGUUCAUGGUGGGAAGUCAUCUAGAUCACCCACUGGUGCCCCCCAGCAAUCACCGAGCAGUGAGUGGGAUAGCAUCAUCAAGUUCUUGGAUUCAUUCAUGAGUCGUUUAAGGGGAAAUUACGUUCCUUCAUUUUUCAUCAGGAAGCUCACAACACAGGUCUUCUCCUUCAUCAAUAUACAAUUGUUUAACAGUCUUUUGCUUCGUCGUGAAUGCUGCACGUUUUCAAAUGGUGAAUACGUUAAAUCUGGUCUGGCUGAGCUGGAAAAAUGGAUAGUCAAUGCAACAGAGGAGUUUGCAGGAACCUCUUGGCAUGAGCUAAAUUACAUUAGACAAGCGGUUGGAUUUUUGGUCAUACAUCAAAAGAGGAAGAAAUCUUUAGAAGAGAUAAGACAGGAUCUCUGUCCGAAAUUGACUGUAAGGCAAAUCUACCGGAUAAGCACAAUGUACUGGGAUGAUAAGUAUGGGACUCAGAGUGUGUCAAAUGAGGUUGUGUCUCAGAUGAGGGAGAUUGUAAAUAAGGACUCCCAGAAUUUAUCGUCAUCAAAUUCAUUCUUAUUGGAUGAUGACCUUAGCAUUCCCUUCUCCACUGAAGAUGUAUAUAUGGCAAUCCCUGCAAUAGACCCUUCAGAUAUGGACCUUCCUCCAUUCUUCUCUGAAUAUCCAUCUGCACAGCAACUGCUGCAGAAUUUGAAGUAAACACUCGGGCUCGUUUACUUUUAGUGGAAUAGCUCUUAAAUAUCAGAAAAAAAAUCCCCGCUUCACGUAUUAGAUUCACACGAGGAUUAGGGAUUGUGCAGAUGGGGAAUUGUACAAAAUUGAACUUUCUCAAAAGGCCAAGUGUAAUUUUGUUAAGCUUUUGCUCUUUUGGGUGUGUACUAUACAGUCCUAGUUAAUGCAAAUGUAUGAGUAUGAUGUAUCUGUCAUAUAUAUCAUGUUAGGGAACUAUUUUUUUCAUCGCCUUUUUAUCUGAUUCUACAAUUUCAUGACUAGGUGAUAUGUUUAGUAGGUAAGCUCAAAUUUCUAUAGUUGUAUAUAAUCUUCCUGAAAAUUAAAUGUUGAUACAUUUUUUAGUUCUCUGAGA